UCCUUCUGGUCCUGCUCUGCUCAUUCCAGCUUCCCAGAGCACAGGGAGAGGAUCAGCAGCAGCACCAUGACCACCACCAUGGCAAUGUAGAGCACCAUGGAAACCACCAUGAGGAUGAACUCCACCAUCACAAGGAACCCCAUCACCACUAUGAACACCACGAUCAGCAUGGUCAUGAUGAUGAUGGUGAUGACAACUAUGACUAUGAUCAUCAUUAUCACCAUGCGAGUCACCUUCAUGAAGCAGGACAUCACCAAGGAGGCCACCAUCCUCACCAUGAUGAUGAUGGUGAUGAUGAUGACAAUGAAAAGGAACAUCAUCACCACAAUGGACAUCACCAUGGUGAGCACCAUCAUCACCACGUUGACCACCAUGAUCAUGAUGAUGAUGACAAUGAUGACCAUGACAAGCACCAUCAGCAGCAUGAACAUCAUGGUAGCCAUCAACACCACUAUGAUUAUAAUGACGAUGAACACCUCCACCAUCAUGAGCACCAUGGUGACCACUACCACCAUCAUGAUGAUGACAACGGUGACAGUUAUGACGAUGAUCAUCAUCACCACGAACAUCAGAGUGACCACCACCAUCAUCACCACCACCAAGAGCAUGAUGAUGAUGAAGAUGAUGAUGAUGAACACCACCACCACCAUGAACAUCACGGCAAUCACCAUCACCACCAUGAUUCUGAAAAUGAUGAUGAUGAACAUCACCACCAUCAUGAGCAUCACAGUGAUCACCACCACAAUGAUGAUAGUGAUGAAGAUGAACACCACUAUCAUGGACAUCACAGUCACCACUAUCACCAUGAUGAUCAUGACAACGAUGAUGAUGACAGUGAUGAAGAAGAGCACGUCAGUCAUCACCAUCAUCACCAUGAUGAGGAGGAGGAGGAGGAGGAGGAGGAGGAGGAAGAGGCCCAUGGGCACCAUCACCAUCGUGGCCAUCAUCACCAUAAGGAAGGGGAGGAUGAGGAGGAUGAAGAACACCAUCAUCAUCACCAUCACCACGGUGAUAAGGAAGAAGAGUCUGAUGAAACUUCAUCUAAGGAAAAAGAGGAGGAGAAGGAGGAAGGACACAAACAAAAGCAUCACAAACAUGAAGGCCGUGAAAAGGCCAAGAAACACUCUGAAGGGGAAGAAGAAGAGGAAGAUGAUGAGGAUGAAGAGGAUGAGGACGAUGAGUACGAGGCAGGCUCACUUUGCCAUUACUGCGCUUUCUGCAAGCAUUGCGAAGAGUGUGACAAAUGCCCUUGUAAAGAAGGAGACAGCAGUGAAUACUGUGCAAGCUGUCAGUACUGUCAUUUCUGUUACGUUUGCCCUGUGUGUGAGACAGCUUGUGCGCCAGGGAGCAUUGUAGACGAAUUAACUGGAGCCUUAUUUCAGACAUUUGCCAACAUCUUUGAGCAGCAGGAGCAUUGAAGCACCCCUAGUGGAGAAGCCAAAACUAGGAGGGCGGGGGGGGAAGCAGGUGACCCUUGAUUUUUAUGCCAAACUACAUGUGAUGAGAGAUUCCAUAAUUCUUCCUUUCAACAGUCCUUUCCCUGCUUCCUUGUCCUUUCAUAAAUCUCCCCCUGGUUGUCUUUCUUCUGCUGGGUGAGAGAAAGAUACAGAGUUCUAUUUAUCCCAGACAUUUGGAAAAUCAGCUGGGGGUUGAUUUUGAGAGGACACCAAAUGGCAAGAAAGGAAAGGGUUAAGAGGUCAUCUUUACCUGACCUCCUGCUCCCAAUUUCUGCCUCUCGUAGCUACUAUUAAUAAAAAAAAAACCUGUUGGAAGACUCACAAUUUUAGAACUGGCAGUUUUAACCUAGUUUGGCAUAUGUAGUUAGCAGGGAAGCCACCCCAUGCAGGCUGAAGCCUGUUGGGCAGGGAGGGGAAUCAACAUUUAUGGGGCUAAUGUACAUUGGGGCAAGGAAUAACUAAUGCCUCAGUGAUCCAUGUGUCCCCAGCCUCUGAAUCAUUUUGAACUUGAUCACACUUGUGGCUUGUUCCUGAGCAAUAGGUCUGCUGCUCAUGUCUCAGCUCACUGGGUUAGGAAUCGAUGGCUCUCUAGUUGUUGUUGGACUCCAAUUCCCAUCAUCCCUGAUUAUUAGCUAUGUUGGCUGGGGCUGAUGGGAACUGGAAUCCAGCAACAUCUGGAGGGCCACAGGGUCCCCCCCUGCCUUAACUGAAUAGGCUAGGCUCAAUUAUAAUGUGAUCUUGCACAUCUUGAUUACUUACUGCAGAAUCAUGAACUGAUCAAUCUUCCAAAUGUUUUUCCUUGAAAACAUUUGUGUCUGACAGCUUUUGGAAGCUUGAUCGGUGGAAAUGGCUUAUUCAUAGGUGGGUGUUGUCACUUGACAACUGCAGUCAUCAAGGGAUAAAUGUACCUGUGUGAACCAGCUUUUAACCUGCACUACAACUGGCUUCAACACCAGCUUGACUGCAAUUUCCUCACCAAGGAAUUCUGGGCUUUGUGGUUUUUAUAAAGAUGCCAAAGAGCCCAUCCAGGAUUGUCAUGUCUUCAUAGAACAGUUACCACAGUUCCUUUCUGCUAAGCAGUUAUUGUGGCCAUAGCCAUAAGCUACACUGGUCUUUGCUAAAAACGAAACAAAACCCUGAAAGCAGUUUUAAUGAUGUAACAUAUUAGUUAGGCUCCUGUACAUUUAAUAAGUUAACAGGGAAUUUUAAUAGGUGUUUGAAUUAUGCUGUACUGCAGGGACAAGGAACCUGCUGUCCUCCAGAUGUUGGUCCCAUCAGCCUCAGCCAACAUGGCCAAUAGUCAGGGAUGAUGGGAGCUGUAAUCCAGCAACAUCUGGAGAACACCAUACUUGCUACCCCUGUCCUAGAGAUCUGUAUUUAAAGCUACAGAAGGACACAAUUGCUGCACAGAGGAGGAAGAAAUGAAAUAGAAUCUGGCUAGGGAUAAUUGGUAGUUCCUCUUAGGCAAAAGAUUAUUGGCCCUUCCAGACAACCUAUUUGAAAAUGGAAAUGGACUGCCUUCAAGUUGAUCUCGACUUAUGGUGACCCUAGGAAUAGGGUUUUCAUUGUAAGCGGUAUUCAGAGGUGGUUUACUAUUGCCUCCCUCUGAGGCUGAGAGGCAGUGACUGGCCCAAGGUCACCCAGUGAGCUUCAUGGCCGUGUGGGGAUUCAAACCCUGGUCUCCCAGGUCAUAGUCCAACACUCAAACCACUAUGCCACACUGGCUCUCAAGACGACCUAUUUAAUGAGUGUUUAUUCUGUAGUAAUUUGCAUCAAAGCAAGUGUUAUCCAACACUUCCCUGGGCAUUUUCCCAUUACUGCCAAAAGUCCAUUCUUUGGGGGAAGUGGGUUCAUUGCUCCCAGUCAGCUCAAAUGGUGCAACCUGAAUUUGCCGGAAUGUGAUUGAAUCCCACCUCAAAAUAGUGACAGUGAGUCUGGAAGUGCCCUAAAAGCACAAGUAAGAUACAGCUGGUUGCAGGGGGUAGCGAUGGCGCCUGUUGCUUCUAGGAGCAAACCCUGUGAAAACAAAAUCUGAAACAGAACUGCAUGUGAAAGGCUCUCCUCUCCUCUCUGGUUUCUUAUCAUGACUUCAUUGUUUGGGAUUCUCCUACUUUGGCUCAAAUCAAACCCCUAUCUCUCCCCUCUCCUGUCAUGGAUACUCCUCCCCAGCUGCCUUUUUUAUUCUUAAUUUAUAGCCAUCGCUUUGUCUUGUUUCCAUGGAGAAUAAACCCCUUUUUUUUUUGCUCCUGA